CCCCCCCCCCCCCCCAACUACCCUCCCUCUCUAUAAAUAGACAUACACCCGUAGACAGAUUUCUAUUUCUUCCCCUGUUUAUUUAGGCGAGGGUGGAUUUCUGCUUCGCUCCAAUUUCUUCUAUCCAAACAAGGCACAUCUUUUCACCUGAUUGAAUGCAGGGUUGAAGAUGGGCAAGUUGAUCAGAUUGUCCCUUGUGCUGAUUCUUUACAUUUUAUUGAGCUUCAACUACACUUCUUUACAAGCCUUCAAACUUGGACCAGACAGGCAGUUGAUUGAAGUGAGCAAUUCAUCAGAAGAAUCAGAUGACACAGUGAGAGUUGACCCUUUGGAUAGGUUGAACAAAUACAGAGGAGGCUAUGACAUUAGGAACUUGCACUAUUGGAGUUCGACUGUGUUUACAGGUAUAUACGGCUAUGCAAUCGGAGUCGCGUGGCUCUUGUGUGGCUUCUUCUACGGAAUCUUUCUUCUCGUGAGGAUAUUUUGUUCCAAAAGAAGAUGCACAAGGAAGACAAUCUCCUGUCAAAAGCAGUGUUAUCUCUGGCUUUUUACCUCUGCAAUCUUCUUCACAAUUCUAGCAGUGAUAGCAUCGGGUGUAGUCUUGGGAGGGAACGCAAGGUUCCAUUCGCGAACAGAUAAGGUUGUGGACAUUAUAAUUGACACAGCAGAUGGAGCCUCAGACACCAUAUACAACACCACUAAGGCAAUGAAAGAAAUGAGUGUAACUAUAGGAGGAGGAGGAGCUGAGUCUACACGCUUCCUAACUUCCACAUCCACCACCCUCGAUGCCCGGGCUGCAGAUAUCCAAAGGCAAGCUAGAAAACACCGAAAGGACAUAGAGAAGGGACUCCGGAUUGUAUACAUAGUCAGCACUGUCAUCGUUUCCCUUAAUUUGGUUGCCCUCAUUGCUCUGUCAGUAUCGGGACUCCUGAGAUUCAAGAGGACUCUUUACUCGCUAAUUGUUCUUUGUUGGAUACUCACAGUCCUCUGCUGGUUCCUUUUUGGUAUAUACUUCUUCAUAAACAAAUUUGCUGGGGACACAUGCAGAGCAUUUGAAAGCUUCCAACAAGACCCGUACAACAGCAGUCUGAGUUUGAUUCUCCCUUGUGAUGAAUUGGUUUCUGCAAAAUCAGUCAUGGGUGUAGUGAGUGGUGGGAUUUAUAGGAUUGUGAGCCAGGUGAAUAAAAGAAUAUCAAAAUCCUAUGGAAAUUUUGCCCAAAUCUGCCAGCCAUUCUCGCGUCCACCAGAGUAUGCAUACCAGGCAGAUAACUGCCCGCCUAAAACAAUUCCCAUAGGAGACAUCCCACAGUUAUUGCACACUGUGGCUUGUACUGACCCGGGGUGCAUUGGGGGAAUUUUGAUCUCCACGAGGGACUUCAACACAAUAAAGGCGUAUACGUCGUCAAUUCAGAACAUCCUGAACGUUUACCCAGGAAUGGAGAGGCUGGUCGAAUGCAAAACAGUGAAUGAUGCAUUUUCUAAAAUUCUUGAAAACGACUGCUCACCUUUAAAGAGGGACGCACAUUUGGUAUGGGCUGCUUCGGCUUUCCUCUCGGUGGUAAUGGUAGCUCUAGUGCUUAUUUGGACAGUUGCAGUGGCCCAAGAACCGAGACAUCGUGGGUCCCUCGAUGGUUCUGUGAGACCACGCCGUACAGAGGAGGUUCAACCAUUUGGAGUAAGUUCAAUGGAAACUACCACCAUUGAGUCUAACACAAAUGUCGAGUUAUUUCAGAAUAAAUCUCAUAUUACUCCUCCCAAGUAACUGUCCGUCCAAUCAUUUAGGACCCUAGCGAUGAGUCCAUUUUUUUCAGGAAUAAAACUCAUAGACGAAGUGUAUAGUGAAGCAACAUAAUGGGCCUAUUUGGUUAGGGGUCUAACCAUUGAUUGCAAAAUUGUUUUGUAACACAACGAUUGCAUAAAAGAUAAGCAGAAUAAAUGGAAGUGUACCUA